GCGUGGCCGACCCGCGCCCAACGCUCGCCGGGCAGCCCGAUGCGCAGCGUCCGCAUCGGCGUCGGCCUCCUGGCGGCCCUGGCGGCGGGUGGCGCGGUCGCCCUGCUCGGCUACUGCGUCUACCUGGACCGGAGGCGGCGCAGAGACCCCGAGUUCCGGCGCUCCCUGCGGGACCGGAGAAGAGCUGGAGAGCCCAAGGCCCAGGCGUGGGCCAGGCAGUUAUGGGAUCCAGCAAGGAAGGAAAAACUCCAAGAAUUUUUUUUGCAAGAGGUGCAGAUGGGACAACUUUGUUUAGUUAGAGGAGAGCCUGGAAUAGGGAUUGAACAUCUCACCAAUGCCCUUUUAGUGUGUGGGCAGCCGAAGGAGCUUCUGAUGUUUUUCAAACAAACCCUCCCUCCUGAGGUAUUUCAGAUGCUAUUGUACAAAAUUCCCCUUAUUUGCCAGGUGAGCACGUAUUUAAUUAUCCUUGUGAAAAAUUAUCUAACCGUGGGGGACUUGAUUACACAGAAACAAUGACUGGAUGUGGACUCCUCAAGGUUCUCAAGUAGUAUCUAUUUCUGGUUCUAUUCUUUCAUUAAGGUAAGACUAGCUUAUUUUCUGUGUUCUACUAUAGUGAACUGUGUACUUUGUUAUUGUAUGUUUUCACCUUUCAAUGUUAAAGCAGAAUGGUACUUCUCACCAACUUGACAAAACACAGAAACAGCUUUGUGAAUGUAAACACAGGCUAACAGUGCUCUGUAACGUGACUUUAGAUGGUAACUAAUAAAGGCCACUUCGAAGCUCUUCCUUUUGCCAGUUCCAUUAAAAAACAAAACAAAGUACUUAAACUUAUCAGCUAGAAUUUUCUGUGAAUGCAUGAAUUUGCUUCAGAAUUUAUUAGCCAUAAGAUGCAAAUUUAACUGGUUCAUUUUUCUCAAUUGGUCACAUUAGUUGUAUAUUAUUAUUUACACUCAAACCAUGCAUGUUGGGGUGUGUGUGUGUAUGUAAAUGCAUUCACACAGGCACCACAGUGUAAGUGGAGGGCAGGAGACAACUGGGUAAGUCAAUUGUACUGAUGGAACUCAGGUUGCCAGGCUUGGUACCAAGUACCUUUAGCUGCUGAGCCCUCACUAGCCUGGACCCCCAGUUUUUAAACAAACUGCAAGACUGUAAUAGAGCGUAACAGUCAUGAACAUUUCCAAGCUAGCCUCAAAAGGGAUGUUCCCUAAAGAUUUAUUAAAAUGCACCUAGGAGAAGAAUGUGUAGUAUCUAAUGUGACAGGAGAAGCAAGGAAAAGGUGCCCUGAAAUGAUUAGCAAGUAACUGUUUUGUGUAUUUGCCAGCAACUUGAGGCAGACUUGUAUGAACAGAAGUGCUUAAAGGAUGGCCCUGACUGAACACCUCAGCGCAUCACAGCUCAGACAGAAUACUGUGUUCUGUGCAGUAAAAACAACGCUCAGUGAUACUUCCAUUUAUUUUACUUUUAGUAAUAAAUUUUUUCUAUCUCGUA